UGACCGGCGGGGAGGCGGUGCUGCCGGGGCGGCCGCCGCCGCGGAGAUCGUUGGCCGAGGGGCGGGGGAGGCGGUUGUCCUCCUCGUGGGGCCCGCCGGCAGCAUGCAGAACGUCAUCAACACGGUGAAGGGGAAGGCCCUGGAGGUAGCCGAGUACCUCACCCCCGUGCUCAAGGAGUCCAAGUUUAAAGAAACAGGAGUAAUUACACCUGAAGAAUUUGUUGCAGCUGGAGAUCACUUAGUUCACCACUGUCCUACUUGGCAAUGGGCUUCAGGAGAAGAACUAAAAGUCAAGGCUUAUCUGCCAACAGACAAACAGUUUUUGGUAACUAAAAAUGUGCCAUGCUACAAAAGGUGUAAGCAGAUGGAGUACUCGGAUGAGCAGGAAGCGAUUAUAGAAGAAGAUGAUGGUGAUGGGGGAUGGGUAGACACUUUUCACAAUGCAGGUAUAGUGGGUGCAACAGAAGCAGUUAAGGAGAUCACACUAGACAGUAAGGAUAAUAUAAAAAUACCAGAACAUUCAGCAUCUUGUGAGGAUGAUGAGGAGGAAGAUGAAGGAGAAGCUGCAGACAUGGAAGAGUAUGAAGAAAGUGGGCUAUUGGAGACAGAUGAUGCAACGCUUGACACAAGACAGAUUGUAGAAGCUAACAAAGCUAAAGUUGAUGUUGGAGGGGAAGAUGCUAUUCUACAGACUAGAACUUAUGACCUCUACAUCACUUACGACAAAUAUUACCAAACUCCAAGGCUCUGGUUAUUUGGAUAUGAUGAGCAACGGCAGCCUUUAACAGUAGAGCAUAUGUAUGAAGAUAUCAGUCAAGAUCAUGUCAAGAAAACAGUGACCAUUGAAAACCAUCCUCAUCUUCCUCCACCUCCCAUGUGCUCGGUUCAUCCAUGCAGGCAUGCAGAAGUGAUGAAGAAGAUCAUCGAGACUGUUGCAGAAGGUGGGGGAGAACUUGGAGUUCACAUGUACCUUCUUAUUUUCUUGAAAUUUGUACAGGCAGUCAUUCCAACGAUAGAAUAUGACUACACGAGGCACUUUACGAUGUAACUAAAAUAAGACAUGUCCUCCUCUAAUUAUCAAAUCUUUUUUUAAAUAAUCCAUCCAUGUGACUUAUACAACAUUAUACAUAAUUUCUGUAACUAACCUUUUAUCAAGUUGAUGCAUUAAAAUAAAAUGUUCCAUUACCAGC